AAAAAUCGAAUGCGAGAGAAAAUCGAAACUUUGCUUUGCUUUUCAUUGGUGAUUUGUGAAAAGAAAUUUACUUUGCGUUACGGCCUGCGCUGCGCCCCCACUUCUACAUCAGCGCUCACCUCCUGUAGCGUUUUGCGGGCGUCGCACAUCCAACCGUACGAGCGCUUCACAAAGCUAGCACAUCUGCUCACCUUCCACCAGCGGCUGUCAAGAAGCGCCCACAACAACAAAUAAUAAAUAAAAGGCAUUCGGCGCUUACAACAGAGCGCUGCUGUCUGCGCUCACUCGCGCUCUGCACCUUUUUGAGUGAUUUCGCUUUGAGCGCCAGCUGCGUGUUUUUUAUUUACAACUUUUUUUUGAUUGAAAAUACUACAUUUAUCUAGGAGAAUCUCACUCGCUUGCUAGUUUAAUGAUGCGCGGCAUAAAUAAAUAAAUUCAUUGUGUGCAGUUUCAACAAAAAUCUGGUAUGCUUAAGAUAAAAAUUUGAUUGUGGCAGUAAUUGUGGGCGUACGAUAAUCAAAAAAUUCGAAACAUCUGCUCCCUCUCCAUGGAUUUGAAGGACUACAGCGACGCAUGGAUCAGUUAUUGUUAGUGCGGUUCCCAAUCUUUCCCGACACCUCUAUAUCCAAUUAAGAAACGUACAUAUCAUCUACAUACAUAUGUACGAGUCCUACAAAUAUUUUCUAGCUGACAUCAAACUCUAAAUCACAGCAUCAACAACAGACGUUUUUCUUUUAACAAAAAACUAUUUACAAUAAUUCCAAUCAAAUGUCCUUGUUGCGUCAAUUUUUCGGUCCUACAUCAAAUUCAUGGAUACGUGCCCUCGUCAUCUUCGUACUCACCUGGGCGCUGCUCGUUUACGUCUUCGUCAAUAAACUCAAUACGCAGCCGAAUGCGGACACAGAUACGAUAACAGCGAAACGCAUUAAUCAGGCGUUACAGCUGCUCGAAUACUCAAAGCAACGUAAUGAGGAGCUGCGUCAGAUGAUCGAGAAGCUUUCGAGCGACCAGAUCGAUAAGCAAUCAGCACAGCGCCUCAUCGAAAAGCUCGAAUUUAAUUUACAAAAUUCCAUAAACGUACAAAACCAGGAUGCAUUGGCAGAUUUCAUGGGCGCCGGUGAUGGAGAUAGCGGUGCGGAAACUUUCGGCGGUAUGCCGGUACCCAAUGCAAUUGCUCAGAGUGCUGCAGGCGGCGUCCAUGAGCCCAGCUUAGAAUAUGAGCUGCUGCGUCGACGCAUCGAAUCGAAUGUCGGCGAAAUUUGGAACUACUUCAGCAGUGAAUUGGGCAAGUUGCGCAAGCGCGCCACGCCAACGCAGGCCGAACUAACGCAGGACAUCAAUCAAGUGUUACAGCUGGGCGCUGAACAUAAGCGCUCGUUGCUGAAUGAUAUAGAUCGCCUGCGACAAGUGGAUGGUUAUGAGGCGUGGCGCCGGCAGGAGGCGCGAGAUUUGAGUGAUUUAAUGCAGCGGCGUCUACACUACUUGCAGAAUCCGAAAGACUGUGCGAAUGCGCGUAAGCUGGUAUGCAAACUCAACAAGGGCUGUGGUUAUGGCUGUCAGCUGCAUCAUGUUGUUUACUGUUUCAUUGUUGCCUAUGCGACAGAGCGUACCAUGAUAUUGAAGUCGCGCGGAUGGCGUUACCACAAAGGUGGAUGGGAAGAGGUUUUUCUGCCGGUAUCGGAGACCUGCUUGGACGCAGAUGCUGCGCAUGCGAGUAAUUGGCCAGGACGUCACGACAUGCCUGUGCUGGUGCUACCCAUCAUUGACUCGCUGAUGCCGCGUCCACCGUUUCUGCCGUUAGCCAUACCUGAGGACUUGGCACCGCGGCUCAGACGCUUGCAUGGCGAUCCGAUUGUCUGGUGGAUAGGACAGUUCUUGAAGUACUUGUUGCGCCCGCAAAAAGGCACAUUGGAGUUCCUAGAAACGGGUCGUGCGAAAUUGGGCUUCAAGAAGCCUAUUGUGGGCGUUCAUGUGCGACGCACUGACAAAGUCGGCACAGAAGCCGCCUUCCAUCGCAUAGAGGAGUAUAUGACACACGUCGAGGACUACUUCCUCACUUUGGAAAUUAAUGGUACCAUAGUGCCGCGCCGCAUUUUCCUUGCUUCUGAUGACGCACGUGUCAUCGAGGAGGCGCGCAACAAAUAUCCACAAUACGAGAUCAUCGGCGAUCCCGAGGUGGCGCGUAUGGCCGCCGUCUCCACGCGCUACACCGACACCGCGCUCAACGGCAUCAUACUCGACAUACAUCUGCUAUCACUCUCCGAUUAUCUCGUCUGCACAUUUAGCUCGCAAGUAUGCCGCAUGGCCUACGAAAUUAUGCAGACACUAUAUCCGAAUGCGGCGCACCGUUUCAAAUCGCUGGACGAUAUCUACUACUAUGGCGGGCAGAAUUCGCACAAUCGACAAGUGGUGAUCGGUCAUGCAGCGCGCAAUCAAUUUGAGAUCCAUAUGAAGCCAGGCGAUCUGGUAGGCGUCGCUGGCAACCACUGGGACGGCUAUUCCAAGGGGCAGAAUACGCGCACAAAACAAGCGGGACUCUUUCCAUCGUUCAAGGUGGUCGACAAGGUGGAAACCGUCAAGCUGCCGCUCUACGAGCAGGCGCAGCAGGGGCGGCUGUGAGCGUAAGUGGAACGAGGAAAUGCCUAUAAAUCAAAUUUAUGUUUUUCUUGGGGUCAGUGUAUGUAAUUUAUUUUUUAUUACAUUUUUUUUUUAAGUAAGCAUAAAUGUUUUAGUGCUGUGCAAUAAUAUUCUGCUAGAUGCUAGAUUUUAGUCAAUACCUAUACACAUAAUGUAAAAAGUAAUGCAAGUAUAUAUAUUUUUAUAUAAAUUUUCCGAUAUGUGACCAAAGCUAAACCGACUUUGGCUUUUAAUUUUGCAUUCGAAUCUCUAUAAUUGAUUGACAAAGCUGCACAAAAUCGUUAGUAUAAUAUUUUUAAAAUUAUUUUUUGAUUGGAAAUCAGGUUAAUUUAUUUUGAAAAUAUUUAUAUGUUAGUAAUUAGGUAGUUGUAAGUAUGUUAAAGUAAGCAGAAACCAAAUCAAUUCAAUUUUUAUAAAAAAACGUAUCUAUCAUAAAAGCCUCAAUAAUAAAAAAUACAAAGAAUUAGAUUACGUUGUUAAGUAGGGUAAAAAAUAGAAUCGGCAAGACUAAAACACUUAAUCGAUUAACCGACACCGUUAUAAUGUCAAAUUGUCCGGUUUUACGCACUUCAAAGCUGAAUUGCACGAAAACGUUCAAAUAAACUGCAAGAGCUUUAUCAAAGCAAUAUUCCAGUGUUGAGCUUAGCAUUUAGAAAAUAGUGUUACACAGCGUUGACGACUGUAUGUUUGACAAACCCGUUUGCAAAAAUACAAU